AUGGCGAGCCCCAAACCGUCGACGUAUGCGGGGCGGACCCUGGACCUCACCCUCUUCGCCUUCACCCGCGCGCUAGACGUCGUGGUCGGCGAGCUCUGGCACCGACGACGCACUCGCCGCGUAGCCGCGGGGAAGUGGACAGCACUCGAGCGCGCCGUCUCCCGCUUCGCCGACCCGGCCGUCUUCGCCCUCUCCAGCGGCCUCGUCAUGUGGGCGUGGUUCUACCACCCACCACGACUACCGCGCGCCUACAACAAGUGGAUCUCGUCCGCCGCCGCCGUCGACCCCCGCCUCAUCGAAGCCCUCCGGCGCUGCCGCCAACGCACCCUCAUUUACGGCCGCGACACGGGCCAGGCGGACCUCCUCGGCGGCAUGUGCGCCGACUACGGCUGGCCCGCCGCCUGGGGCGACCCGGCGCGCUCCGUGCCCUUCCCCUGCGAGAUGGUGCACAUGGGCUUCGGGCCCUCGUGCGAGUGGCACGCCCUAUCACGCUUCGCCCGCUCUUUCCGCUGGGCCAUGACCUCCAAAACCACGGCCGCGCGCCAAACCAUCGACGGCGGGGUGUGCGUCGGCACAGGCUGCGUGCUCUGCGGCUGGAGCAUCCUGCUGGAGAACGCGUCGCGCCGCAAGGAUAUGGCGCUGUUUGUGGCGCCCCGCGCGCUGGCCACGCUGUUCCCGCGCCGCUACGCCCUCGCCAAGCAGUGGCGGGAGACGGUGGUGUUUGCGGUGAGCACGGCGGUGGUGAUGACGUGUUUUAGGGAGAAUCCGAGGAGGGUGAGGGGGAUGAUGGGGGGGGUGUUGGGGUCGGUUUUUAGGGAGUAG